AUGGCGACUUCGUCCACGUGGCGCGUCGUCAUUAGCCUGCCCAAGGCGUUCCCGCGUACCAUCACCCAUAAAUCCUGCUACCGCCGUGAGCAAUGGCAGCUGCUCCUAUCGCAGCGGACCGCCAUCGCGUCAACGGAUGAAUUUCCCGCCGCUUGGUCGCAAUGUCACGCGCAGCGGUCCGAAGUUCAGGCUCGCGCCGCUUCCUGUUCCGUGCACGCGUUUGACUCGUCUUCCUACGAUCCCUCGCUGCAGCAGCAGCAGCAGCAGCAGCUGUCGUUCCAACCGCGUGGCAUUGCGUGGGGGACCAGCGUCGCGCGAUUGACGGACCACGUCGGUCACAGCCAGUGUCUGGUUGCCUGUAACGCGUUCCCCAGCAGCGAGUAUUCCACCAGCAGCGGCUCGGACACGGAGGAUGACGUCAGCAGGGGCGGCAAGGCGCGGCUGCCAGCGCGGAUGGCGGUGAAGGCGGAGUUUCUGCAGGCGAGGGAGGCGGAGGCGGCUGUGGAGGACGAGGGGCUUAUUCCUCGCAUCACUGAAGACAAGGUGACGCUCAGCUUCGCACGCAGCGGAGGGCCCGGAGGGCAGAACGUCAAUAAACUGAACACAAAGGUUGACAUGCGAUUCAAUGUGCUCGAUGCUGAUUGGCUGCCAGAACGGAUAAGGUGGAAGAUUCUGGAGCAGGAGAAGAAUCGGGUGAACAGUGAUGGGGAGAUUGUGGUAUCGUCCACACGCACACGAACACAGAAGGGCAACAUUGAAGAUGCGCUUGCGAAGCUUCAGAAAAUCAUAGAUGCAGCGGCCUACGUCCCGCCACCCCCAUCAGAGGAGAAAAAGGCUCGCAUCAAGAAGCUAGCCAAGGCAGAGAAUGAGAGGCGGUUGCAGGACAAGAAGCUCAAGUCCAGUAAGAAGUCAGACAGGCGCAACAAGGGCAGCUGGGACUGA